AUGAGGAGUCACGGACAGUCUGCUGGCCGGACUGUUAUUGUACUAACAAGACACGUCAAGCGACUCACCUCCUGCACUUAUCGAUCACCUUGUUCGCAUCCUCAUCUCCUGAGUUUUAUUAUCCAUAUGUCAUCGGCCAUCUUGUUUCACCCAUCGCUAAUGUUGUCCCCGGAUCAUGAUCCCACACCGGAAUGUCUCAAGUAUUUCAUGUCUCAUGCAUCUCAUCUCACACUUGUCGCCGUCGCCGUCUUAUAUAUGUUGUGA